AUGUGGUCUAAUGAAGUUUCUCAUAAUGAAGGCGAAUGGAUUCGUGCAACCGAACGUAAGUUUUCUAAUUUGGCUAACAUGGGUUCUAUCUCAAUUACUGCUGAAGAUGUAUACUCAAUUACUCGUAGAUUACACAAUUGGAAAUCACCUGGACCAGAUGGUAUACACAACUUUUGGCUGAAAUGGAUAACAAGUAGCCAUGUGCGUUUGGCUGCACAUAUUCAAGAAGCCAUUGAGUGCUGUGAGCUCCCGAGACUUCUUACAACUGGUAUUACCCACUUACUAUAUAAAAAUGGAAACACCACGGAACCUAAAAAUUACCGACCUAUAACAUGCCUUUCAACUGUAUACAAAUUAAUAACUGCAAUUUUAAAUAACAAGAUCUAUAAACAUUUGGAAAAUAAUAACAUUCUGUCAACCGCACAGAACGGAUGUCGGAAAGGGUCACGUGAUUGUAAAGAACUUCUUCUCAUUGACACAGCUAUUUGCCGACAAGUUUUUCGUAAUCGCAAAAAUAUGUCCGCUGCUUGGGUGGAUUACAAUAAGGCAUAUGACUCUGUUCCACAUUCAUGGCUAAAGAGAGUUUUAGAAAUAUAUAAAAUAGAUGACAAAAUUUGUAAGUUUUUAAGUAAAUUAAUGGGUCAGUGGAACACUAUCCUAAAUCUACCAGGUAAGUGGCAAAGUAGUUCGAUAGACUCUAUAAAUAUUAAGCGGGGUAUAUUCCAGGGCGAUAGUUUGAGCCCAACUUGGUUUUGUUUAGCCCUGAAUCCUUUAAGCACUGUUAUUGAGGAAUCUGGAUUAGGAUUUCGGUUUCGAAAAGAAAACUCACCCAUCUCACAUCUACUUUACAUGGAUGAUCUCAAGCUAUUCACAUCAAAAGAGAGUGAUCUAUUAUUAUUGUUGAAAUUAACACAUAGUUUCAACAAUGAUAUUAGAAUGGAAUUUGGAAUAGAUAAAUGUGCUGUCAUAAACGUAAAUAGGGGCAAAAUUAAAGAUUGUAAUAAUUUUGCAAUUACAGAUGACUUACAUUUCAGUUCUCUUUCUGAGACAGAAACCUAUAAAUACUUAGGCAUGGCAGAAGCGCUAGGAAUUAAUGACAAAAACAUUAAAGAAAAUUCAAAAGUAAAAUUUAUGUCAAGAUUAAAAAAAGUUAUCAAAAGUCAUUUAUCUGGCGGAAACAAAAUUAGAGCAUAUAACUCCUGGGUAAUACCUAGCCUUCUAUAUACUUUUGGUAUUACAAGAUGGUCUCAAACGGAAUUGGAUGACUUAGAUAGACGAGUCCGCACAUUAAUGACUACGCACAGAAUGCACCACCCGCGAUCAUCUGUCAUGAGGUUGUAUCUUCCAAGAAAAGAUGGUGGACGGGGCUUAUUAAACAUUAAAAACCUACACAACCGUGAAGUAUACAACCUCAGAGACUAUUUUAUUAAAAAAAAAGACACAUCACGCAUUCAUAGUGACGUAGUGAUUAAUGACAAAUCAUUAACCCCGCUUAAUAUGUCGGCAAAGGACUGGCAGAGGCCUCAUACUAUGACUAUAGAUGAACGCAAAAAGGUUUGGAAUGACAAACAACUGCAUGGUCGAUUUUUUAAAACAUUGACUAAUCCUUGUGUAGACAUGGUUGCAUCAGUACAUUGGUUACAGUUUGGUGACCUUUUUGCAGAAACUGAAGGGUUUAUCUGUGCAAUACAAGACGAAGUAAUUAAAACGAAUAACUACCGGAAGUACAUUUUGAGGGAUGGCACAGUUGACGUAUGUCGCGCAUGUUACCACCCUGGAGAGUCCCUCAGACAUGUUAUUUCCGGUUGUUCACAACUAUCAAAUGGCGAGUAUUUGCACAGACAUAACCAAGUAGCUAGAAUAAUACACCAGCAGCUUGCGAUUAAAUUUGGUUAUACUCAACAGGACGUUCCAUAUUAUAAGUAUGAACCAAAACCAGUCCUUGAAAAUAGAAGUGUCACGCUGCUCUACUGGGACCGGGCCAUCAUCACAGACAGGACUAUUCUUGCGAAUAAGCCUGAUAUUGUGCUGAUGGACCGGGCACAGUCAAGGAUCUUUUUGGUCGACAUUACCAUUCCUUAUGACGAGAACCUCGUGAAAGCCGAAACAGAUAAGGUGACAAAAUAUCUGGACCUGGCUCACGAGGUGACCGACAUGUGGGGUGGUCUGCCGGCCGAAAUUAUUCCUGUGGUCGUUUCUGCGAACGGGUUAAUCCCAGUUAGCCUCUCGGGUCAUCUGAGGCGACUGGGACUCCGUGACGGACCGCUUCAAGCUCAAAUGCAGAAGGCGGUGCUCCUCGAUACCGCCCGCAUCGUCCGCCGGUUUCUUAGCCUUUCCCCCUAA